CAAACAUGUUUUAGAACUAAUGUUGCUUUACAGAGAUGCUCUAGAUGCAAAACAAUUUACUACUGCUCAAAGCUGUGCCAGAAAAUUCAUUGGGCAACACAUCAAAGCAAUUGUAAAGCUCCAAAUGCAAACUGUGAUGAAAAGACUGGUCGUGAAUAUAGCAAUGGUGAAAGCUAUAAAAAUGAAAAUUGUGUUGAUGAAGCUGAAGAGAAUGGUGACAAGCCUGCUAAGAAGAAGGCAAAGAAAAAGAAAAAAAAGAAUGAAAAUGGCAGCAAUAUAGUAAAAGAUGAUGCCAGUAGUAAGAAAGAUACAGAUGUCAGAAAUGAGAUUGAUAAGGACAGUGACAAAGAUACAGCAAAGAACAGCAGUGGAAAUGUGAAUUGCAAAGGAGAAGCUGGUGGUGUAGACAGUGGGAAGGAUGCUAGCAAGAAGGGGAACAGCAAAGCUGAUACUAAGACUGAAACAGAAAACAAUGGAAACCGGGAUGCAGGAACAAGUGUAAAAGACAAUGGUUGGUGUCUUUUUAGAAUUCUUUUCAAUAA